GGGCGUGUCAGCUGCCUGUGGUCACAUGGGCCGGAAAAUGUGGGGCUUAAUUCCUGUGUUUGACUGCUCUCAGCUGCUGCUCCUUUGCCCUACGCACUUCAAACCGCCCGUCCUCCCCAUCCCGACCACCGACGCCCAGGUGGACUCUGCUCAACGCGACAUGUCGGCAGACCAAGCUUUUGUGACGUUGGCAACAAAUGACAAUUAUGCCAAGGGAGCAAUGGUUCUGGGCCAGUCCCUAAGGAACCACAACACAACCCGCAAACUGGUGGUACUCAUAGGACCUCACGUUGCAGAGCCUUGCAGGGAUGCACUGCACUCCGUUUUUGAUGAGGUGAUCAUGGUGAACGUGAUGGAUUCAGGAGAUGCAGCUAAUCUGGCUCUGAUGAAGCGGCCAGACUUGGGCGUAACAAUCACCAAACUGCACUGCUGGACCCUUGAGCAGUACAGCAAGUGUGUGUUCAUGGAUGCUGACACACUGGUUCUGUCAAACAUAGAUGAACUCUUUGAUAGGGAAGAAUUGUCUGCAGCUCCAGAUCCUGGUUGGCCAGAUUGCUUCAACUCAGGAGUUUUUGUCUUCAGGCCGUCCAAUGAGACGCACAAAGACCUGCUCGCGUACUGUGCUGAAAAAGGCAGCUUUGAUGGUGGAGACCAGGGGAUUCUCAACAGUUACUUUAACACCUGGGCGACGGCGGAUAUUUCCAAACACCUCCCUUUUAUCUACAACCUCAGCAGCAUUGCCAUCUACUCCUACCUUCCAGCUUUCAAACAAUAUGGGCACGAUGCAAAGGUAGUGCACUUUCUGGGCAAAGUGAAGCCAUGGAACUACUCCUAUGAUGCCCAGAAAGGUGAGGUCAAAGGUAACUCCACAUCUCCUGACCAAUGCCAGAUGCACCCGGACUACCUGCUCCAGUGGUGGCAGCUGUAUGCCACAUCCGUCCUGCCAUUAAUGCAGAAAGCGUAUGGUGACACUCCGUUCAGCAGCGGCUGCGUGGUCCAGAAGAGCUGUCCUGAUAAACCUCAUGAGGACGUGAGAGAGCAGCCAAAGCCUUCUACUCCCCCUUCCUCCCAGACCGUUUCGUCAGAGGAAAGGAAGCAGCGCUGGGAAGCAGGCCAGAUUGAUUACUUGGGCGAUGACUCCUUCACAAACAUCGAACAAAAACUCAACUCUUUCCUCAAGUAGCGGGUGUCUGAGGGAGUGUGAUAGACAGCGGUUCAAGCUCUGGGAUUAAGAGUGGUGGGGGGAUCUACCACCCAUUCUGCCAAAUGGAGAGUUCUACAUUCAUUUUGAAGAUUUGGCUUCUUUUGGCAAAUUUCCCAAGCACUACAACAUUCACCGUUUUUCUUUAAACAGUUUACCCCAAUUCAGGCAACAUCUUCUUGCUAAAAGUUUAAGAUUGGCCUGUCGGAAGUUAAAUGGGUCUAGAAAUGAUUAAUCUUGUAUUAAUCUAAGCACUGUGAAUGGUAGAAUGAUUUAGACAUUUAUUAAGGGUUUAAAAAUAGAUAACCCCUAAGUGCUAACCUUUUAUAAAAUAAACUCUUCCGAUACUUUUACUUUAGCCAGUUGUGUUGGUUGAUAUUCUGAAUGCCUUCAGGAAACCACCUUUCUAAUUUGACUAAAAAGUACCAAAAAGGGACAUGCCUGAAGUGCGGCAUCCUGGUUAUGUUUUUUUCUUUGGUUUGCAUUGUUCAAGUUUUCAUGCCCCUUUUUAAAUUUGUUAACUUGCUAUUCCUUCUUGGACUCAGCUAGAUGAGUGCCAAGUCAAACAUUUUGAACAGUUAAAAAAAAAGAAAAAAGAAUUCAGCUCCAGAAUCCAGCCCCCAGGUAUAUUUGCAAUAAGUCUGUUUAGAGCACAAAGCAUAUAUGCAACCGGCUCCCUCUUCCCGUAGCCACGGCUUUAAACAACUGUUCACCUCAAGAGAGUAUGGAGGAGCGUUCCUGUCUGUGCUGCUUGACACUCACCAGCUCCCUGUGACUUCAGCUAAAUAACAUCUGCUGUAUUGUUAACUUGUUUGCAUGGCACAGAGUUAAAAAGCGGGUUUGUAAUAAAGUGCUUCCACCCACGUCCAAAGGUGAUUUAAAGUUUCAUGUGUAUUUAUGCACUCCUCGUAUACGUUUCUAUUGGAAUCCCUUCGGUAUUUGUGCCCUGGCCUGCAUUUCAUCAGUUUCCUCUCUGUAGUGUAACCUGCUGCCUUACUGCCUGCUGACAGUUUACAAACCCCUCCAACCUUAUCUGCUGCUGCUAUUGUGUUUCUGUGAACCCCCUCUUCCCUCAUGAGAACAACCUCUUUACUACCACCUGUGUUGGUCAAAGUAUAACCUACAGCACUUAAUGAUUCACUCCUCUGUCCAUUGCACAGACUCCUAAAAGGAAAAAAAAAGUGAAGUUGAUAGUAAGUCUGAGAGCAGCGUGUAGGUGUGGAUAAUUGUUGUUUUAAGACCUUUUGAUGCAUGUUUCCCAGCUGUUAACUGUUCAUCACCUUUAACAAAUUAAUAAACCUGUGAAAAAGAA